AUUUGUGCAUAUGCUCAUGCACAUCGUAAUCGUUGUCUGCUUUGGAUCGUGGUUUAACACGUACGUCAGUAGGCUAGUAUAUGCCACAAUCAGCUCUCUCAGCGCUAGUUUGUUUUAGUUAGACACAUGUUUUAAGUAUCAAAAUGUUGUGGUUGUCAUCACUGUGCGUUUUGUUGGGUACAAUUUUCUUUCUCAGGAUUCUGUCAUCCCUUCACAGAACCCUGAAAAUCCGUAGUGCCAUCAAAAAGCUGCCGUGCCCACCGGGAGUGCAUUGGCUGGCUGGACACCAGAAGCAGUCCCCGUUCAGCCCCGGCAUGCAGUGGCAACGGGACACGGUAGCAGCUUUUCCCCGUGCUUACACUCUUUGGCGGGGGUUCAUCCCGAUACCUGUCCUGGUCCACCCGGACACGAUCAAGCCAUUGGUAGUUAACCCCACGGGCUCGGUCAAGUCCAGCUUCUACAAGCUGUUCUGGGACUGGCUGGGGGAAGGCCUAGGGACCUCGUUGGACAACACCAAGUGGAAGAGGAACCGGCGCCUCCUGACUAGCUCCUUCCAUCUGGACAUCCUACGGACCUACGUCCCCAUCUACAACGAUUGUAUCGAAGUGCUGAUGGGCAAACUGGACCAACUGGCUGCGGAAGGCAAACCUAUGAAGACUGAUCACGAGUUUGGCCUUUGCACAUUUGAUGCCAUUCUCCGUACAGCAUGUUCUUACCAGUCCAAUUGUCAGCUGGAGAAAAGGCACAAGCCUGAAGAUUUGGACAUCCUGACAGCAACCGAAAUUCUCAUUAGGACUGUGCAAGAGCGAAAGACGGGCAACCCACUACUCGUUAUCCCCUGGCUGUUCCGGUUGAGUUCACUGUAUCCUGAAUGGAGGAGGGCAUGUCAGUAUGUUCACCGUAUUGCAGAUGAACUGAUUAAAAAGAGGAAGAAAGAAAUAUCAGAAAAGGCAGAGUCAAAAGAUCCUCCGGUUUCACCCCGCGAUUUUUUGGACACACUCAUCUUGGCCCGCGACACUGACGGUAGCGGUCUGACGGUCAAGGAAAUGACCGACGAAGUCAAUACAUUCUUGUUUGCCGGCCACGAAACCACCGCCACUGCCAUGACCUGGAUACUGUACAACCUGGCUAAAUACCCUGAACACCAGUCAAAAGUCAGAGAGGAAGUGGACAAGAUACUGGAGAACAGAGACACGGACAGAAUCACAAGCAAGGAUCUUAACCAACUGGAGUAUUUGUCUCUUGUCAUCAAAGAGACAUUUAGGAUGUAUUCCGCCGUUCUACUAUCCCGCACACUGACUGCCCCUCUAAAUGUAGACGGUGUCACACUCCUGCCCGGGACCUUGGUAGCCUUCAACAUCUACCAGCUCCACCACAACCCUACUGUUUGGGGCGACGACCACAUGGAGUUCAAGCCCUCCCGGUUCCUGCCGGAGAACUUUGCCAAGAUAGACCCCUUCGGAUACUUGCCGUUCUCUGCGGGGCCGAGGAACUGCAUCGGACAACACUUUGCCCACAACCAAGUCAAGGUGAUGGCAGCCAGGAUUUUGCGGCGGUUCCAUCUGAGCCUAGUGGAGGGGGAGCCUGAGCCAUUGCCCAAUCUGAAUAUUGCUUUGAAACCCUUGCAUGAGAUUUUGAUUAGAAUCAAACCUCGAGAUUAAAACUCAGUCAUUGAGUUUUACUGAUACAAGCAGUGUUGUAGUCAAGUACUUUUUCCGAGUACCAAGUUGUGCCGAGUACUUAGCUUACCAAGUAUGAGUACUUGUACUUCCGAGUACAAGUACAGGUUGCCGAGUACGAGUACCAGUACUUCCAAGUACGAGUGCGAGUACUUCCGAGUACGAGUGAGUGCG